UAAUGCAUGCACCCGACCAAGCAAGACCAUGAGUCUGACUGCAGAGGACCACAGAAUUCCUCUCAGGGAUGGGAACCGCAUCCCGCUCCUGGGACUGGGCACGUAUGGAGACCCUCGGACGACCCCAAAGGGGACGGCGCUGGAGUGCGUCAAACUGGCCAUUGACACGGGCUACAGGCAUUUUGACGGCGCCUUAGUCUACUUCAACGAACACGAGGUGGGUCAAGCCAUCAGGGAAAAGAUUGCGGACGGAACCGUGAGAAGAGAGGACAUCUUUUACUGCGGAAAGCUGUGGAAUACUUUCCAUCCACCAGAACUGGUGAGACCAGCCUUGGAGAGGACCCUGAAGACACUAAAACUGGACUAUGUAGAUCUCUACAUCAUUGAACUUCCGAUGGCCUUCAAGCCUGGAAAUGAGUUCUACCCGAAAGACCAGAAUGGAAAGUACAUCUACCACCACACAGACAUCUGUGCAACAUGGGAGGCUUUGGAGGCGUGUGUCGACGCAGGUCUGGUCAAGUCUCUGGGAGUGUCCAACUUCAACCGCAGACAACUAGAGCUGCUUCUCAACAAACCAGGCCUGAAACACAAGCCCGUGUCCAACCAGGUGGAAUGUCAUCCGUAUUUCACGCAGACCAAACUUUUGGACUAUUGUCGUCAAAAUGACAUCGUCAUUGUUGGCUAUUGUCCCCUCGGCUCCUCCAGAGAUGCAUCCUGGGUAAAUGUCAAGUGUCCUCCCAUGCUGGAGGACGAGCUGCUGCUGUCCAUCGGCAGGAAGUACGGCAAGAGCAGCGCUCAGGUGGCGCUGCGCUUCAACGCUCAGAGAGGAGUGGCGGUCAUUCCUAAAAGCUUCAGUCCGCAGAGGAUCCAACACAACUUCCAGAUAUUCGACUUUUCACUCGCCGAGGACGAAAUGCGGGCCAUCGAGGGUCUGAACAAGAACAUUCGCUUUGUGGAGCUCCUCAUGUGGAGCGACCAUCCGGAAUAUCCCUUUCACGAUGAAUUUUAAUAGUGACACCUUUUGUGGAAACAGGAAAAUGAGAGAAGAAAAUGGACUCCGAGUGGCGCCACGCUAUAGUGACACAACAUUAGGUACACCUACACCUGUAUCAAGACUCAAAAUAUUGCAUCGUCACACAUUUGUGAUUUCGCUCUGUCAUUUGGGCUGUGCGGGUGUACCCAAUGAAGUGACCUGCGAGUGUAUGUAUAUUAUAAUCACCACUAGAGGUCGCCAGAUGUGGUGUGCAGGUGUACCCAAUGAAGUGACCUGCGAGUGUAUGUAUGUUAUAAUCACCACUAGAGGUCGCCAGAUAUGCUGUGCAGGUGUACCCAAUGAAGUGACCUGCGAGUGUAUGUAAAUUAUAAUCACCACUAGAGGUCGCCAGAUGUGCUGUGCAGGUGUACCCAAUGAAGUGACCUGCGAGUGUAUGUUUUUUAUAAUCACCACCAGAGGUCGCCAGAUGUGCUGUGCGGGUGUACCCAAUGAAGUGACCUGCGAGUGUAUGUAUGUUAUAAUCACCACUAGAGGUCGCCAGAUGUGCUGUGCGGGUGUACCCAAUGAAGUGACCUGCGAGUGUAUGUUUGUUAUAAUCACCACCAGAGGUCGCCAGAUGACAGCAAAUGCAGCCUCAAUUAACUUGUUUAUAUGGCAUUUUUAGUUGGACUAAACUAGGACUAAACCAGUCUCUGACCUCCAAGGUGUUCUAAUUUUAAAACAAAGGAAACUUAAUCUUUUACAGAGUAUAAACCUAUCCCCGCUUUAAAAUCUAUCUUCCUGAGAGCAGUGGACAUUUUGUCAGAGAUUAAAGGCCUACUGAAACCCACUACUACCGACCACGCAGUCUGAUAGUUUAUAUAUCAAUGAUGAAAUAUUAACAUUGCAACACAUGCCAAUACGGCCUUUUCCAUCCAUCCAUCCAUCAUCUUCCGCUUAUCCGAGGUCGGGUCGCGGGGGCAACAGCCUAAACAGGGAAACCCAGACUUCCCUCUCCCCAGCCACUUCGUCUAGCUCUUCCCGGGGGAUCCCGAGGCGUUCCCAGGCCUUUUUAGUUUACUAAAUUGCUAUUUGAAAUUUCCCGCGCAGUUUCUUGUUGAAAACGUCGCGGAAUGAUGACGCGUGCGCGUGACGUCACGGACUGUUAGGAAAUAUAAGCCCUGCACACACACACAGCUAAAAGUAGUCUGCUUUAACCGCAUAAUUAUACAGUAUUCUAGACAUCUGUGUCACUGAAUCUUUUGCAAUUUGUUCAAUUAAUAAUAUAGAAGUCAAAGUAAAAAGAUGGAGUUGGGAAGCUUUUAGCCUUUAGCCACCCAAACACACGGUGAUUCCUUGUUUAAAAUUCCCAGAGGUGAAGCUUCACUAUGGAUCAGAGCGGUCAAGCGAACACGGUUCCCGAACGGCAGGUUUCGGUGAGAAAAUUGUGGUAAAAAGUCGCCUCAGCUGAACUUGCGCCGUCCAUGCAGCUGCCGUCGACUUCCCUCAGAGACUGCCGUCAAGACACCCGUGGACACACCCCUCCGACUAUCAGGUACUAUUUAAUCUCUCUAAAACACUAGCAACACAAUAGAAAGAUAAGGGAUUUCACAGAAUUAUCCUAGUAAAUGUGUCUAAAAACAUCUGAAUCCGUCCCAGUGCAAUCACCUUUUUUUUUUACUUAAUUUUUUAUUUUUAUUUUUUUCUAGUCCUUCGUUAUCAAUAUCAUCAUCCGCAAAUCUUUCUUCCUCGCUCAAAUUAAUGGGGAAAUUGUUGUUUUCUCGCUCCGAAUAGCUCUUUUUGUUGGAGGCUCCCAUCAUAAACAAUGUGAGGACGUGAGGAGCAUACACACUUGUGAUGUCAUCGUCUGCGACUUCCGGUAAAGGCAAGGCUUUUUUAUCAUCACCAAAAGUUGCAAACUUUAUCGUCGAUGUUCUCUACUAAAUCCUUUCAGCAAAAAUAUGGUAAUAUCGCGAAAUGAUCAAGUAUGACACAUAGAAUGGACUUGCUAUCCCUGUUUAAAUAAGAAAAUAUCAUUUCAGUAGGCCUUUAAUUCUGUUAUGCAGGACAUACCCUUGCCUUGGUGUGGGAUCUGAGCCCAGGAUGUCGUUGUGGCUUUUGCAGCCCUUUGAGACAUAAAUAAACAUUGACUGAUUGAUUGAUACAGUCGCGAUCAAAAGUGUACAUACACUUGUAAAGAACAUAAUGUCAUGGCUGUCUUGAGUUUCCAAUCAUUUCUACAACUCUUAUAUUUUUGUGAUAGAGUGAUUGGAGCACAUAGUUGUUGGUCACAAAAAACAUUAAUUAAGUUAGCUUCUUUUAUGAAUUUAGUAUGAGUCUACUGAAAAUGUGAGAAAAUGUGCUGGAUCAAAAGUAUACAUACAGCAAUGUUAAUAUUUGCUUACGUGUCCCUUGGCAAGUUUCACUGCAAUA